AUGGAUGAAGUUAAAGCAGAUGUGGUCCACGAUGAGAUCACUUUAAAUGGCCAACAAGGACUCGUGGUAGAGGAAGAGCCUCUUACAACUUAUGAAAUCAAGUGGAGGACAUUGAUGGCCAUUCUGGCGCUUUCCGUUUCAAACACAUGCGCUGCCAUUUCAAAUACAACAAAUACGAUCAUCCGAUUCCAGUUGGAGAGUUUGGGAGAUGCAGCACUUGCGUCCUGGAUCGCGAAUUCGAAUCUUCUCGUUACCUUGGCCUUUGGACCCGUCUUGGGCUCCCUCAGUGACAAGUUUGGCAAGAAAUGGUUCAUCGUCGUCGCCAGUUUGCUGGGAGUGGUGGGCUCCACGAUUUCAGGAUCAGCUCAUCGAACAUCGGUUGUAAUCGUAGGCAACGUCCUUACUGGCAUGGCAAACGCUGGUUGUAUAAUGGGAAUCCCAGCCGCUCAGGAGGUGACGCCAAAUAAACUCCGGCCAUGGGCUACGGGCUUCUCUCAGGCCUUUGCCAGUUGCGCCGUCAUUGCCGGCACUAUGGGAGCCGGCGCCUUUGUGAAAUAUCAGACAUGGAGGUGGUCGUACUAUUUGAAUGCCUUUGUGUAUGGCACGUCCGCUGUGUUAGUUGCUUUCUUCUACCAUCCACCCCCGCCGAGUCUUCGUCGCCAGCAAAGCCGCCUCAAGGAUUUGCUCUACCGGGUGGACUAUUUUGGCAUAUUUCUUUUCACAGGCUCAAUUGCUUCUCUCAUCAUUGGUUUGACAUGGGGUGGCACUACCUAUCCUUGGUCAUCAGGUCGCAUUAUUGGGACCUUGGUUGUCGGCUGCGCAGGGUUAGUAGGAUUCGGUCUAUAUGAAGUUUUCGUCACUUCCGAAGGUAUAUUCGAUCACCGGCUAUUUCAGUCUCGCAAUUUCCCCAUCCUCCUGUUCGUCUGCGUUGUGGACGGAAUGCUUCUUCUUGGCGUCAAUGUUCUUUACGCCCAGCAGAUUGCAGAUAUGUUCACACAAGACCCUAUCCAGAUUGCAAAGGUCCUUACUCCUUUCCUUGUGACAUCGGCAUUUGGUUGUCUGCCAGCAGGCUGGAUUAUGGCUCACACCAAGUCAUACCGAAUCAUGCUCGUCGGCGCUCUUCUUUGGUGCAGUGUUUUCACCGGUCUAAUGGCUCUCAUCAAUUCUAGUAGACUGAGUUGGGCAUAUGCAUUCUCUGCUCUUUUUGGCAUUGGCACCGCUGUGACAACUGUGAUUCCUGUGACUGCACUGGCUCUUUCCGUUCCAUCCUUCCUUCUUGGGACAGCAGGUACUAUCAGUAUCUCAGGCCGCGCCUUGGGUGGGACGAUUGGCAUCACAAUAUUUACCGCAGUGUACAACAAUAAGAUUGGUGUUGCACUCGGUCAAAAUGUCGGAGAGGCUCUAGCUACAGCAGGAAAAGGAAACUUGACUGCAGAAGUUGUGGGCGCCCUGCUUAGCUCUAACCCCAAUGCGUUGAACCUGGUGCCUGGGGUAACUCCAGCAUUGAUCCCAAAGAUCCAGGUUGCGCAACAAAUGGCCGUGGCGUAUUCCUGGAAGUAUGUCUGGAUUGCUGUUUGUGUUGUCGUGGCGGCAAAUGCUCUUGUGGCUUGUUCCUUGCAGUCUGUGGCGCGCAAGAUGAAUAACCAUAUUGAAUCGGCCUUGGAGGACUCGGAAGUUCGCAAGAACCAGAUGGGCCUAAGUAAAUGA